GAGAAAGAGUUCGGUGGAGGAGUGAGUUUUAGAGGCGCCCGGCAAGCAGGACCUGCGCCUGCUGGAGAGCGUGGCCGACUGGGCUCCUCGCCUCCUCCUCGCUCUGCUGUGUCCGCUUUCAGCACCCCGAGUGGAGAACAGUUCCCGGCAGCCCGCAGCGCUGCCAAGGGGCCGCCGGCAAGCCAGGGUAUCUGAGCCUUCGAGGGGGGUCAGAGGGACCCUCUGAGAACCCAGUGUGCACUCCACCGUCUCCCCUAUUUGGUGUGCAAGUAAACCCGGGGGGAAAGCAUCCGGCGGCCUCAGGGAGCCCUGAAGAAGCCGAAGCAGAAUGUACCAGGGACACAUGCAGAAAAGUAAAGAACAAGGAUAUGGAAAACUAAGCAGUGAUGAAGACCUCGAAAUAAUUGUUGAUCAAAAGCAGGGAAAAGGCUCUAGGGCGGCAGAUAAGGCUGUUGCCAUGGUGAUGAAGGAGAUACCGAGGGAGGAGUCUGCUGAAGAAAAGCCCCUCCUUACUAUGACAUCACAGCUGGUGAAUGAGCAACAAGAAAGCAGACCCCUCCUGAGCCCCUCCAUCGAUGACUUUCUCUGUGAAACCAAAUCGGAGGCAAUUGCAAGGCCAGUAACGUCCAAUACAGCUGUGUUGACCACAGGCUUGGAUCUCCUGGACCUGAGUGAACCAGUGUCUCAAACCCAAACCAAAGCCAAGAAAUUGGAGUCCUCAUCAAAAACUUCAUCCCUCAAGAAAAAGGCCGAUGGAUCUGACCUCAUCAGCGCAGAUGCUGAGCAGAGAGGCCAGCCUCUCAGAGGGUCUGAGACUUCAUCCUUAGAUUUAGACAUUCAAACCCAACUGGAAAAAUGGGAUGAUGUUAAGUUUCAUGGAGAGCGAAAUAGCAAGGGGCAUCCAAUGGCAGAGAGAAAAUCAUGUUCAUCUAGAACGGGAUCGAAAGAGCUCUUAUGGUCUUCAGAGCACAGAUCUCAACCGGAACUGAGUAGUGGGAAGAGUGCCCUCAACUCCGAGUCAGCUUCAGAGUUGGAACUAGUGGCUCCGGCACAGGCUCGACUGACCAAAGAACAUCGCUGGGGAAGUGCUUUACUUUCUAGAAAUCACUCCUUAGAAGAGGAAUUUGAAAGGGCAAAAGCAGCAGUGGAGUCAGAUACAGAGUUUUGGGAUAAGAUGCAAGCAGAAUGGGAAGAGAUGGCCCGGAGGAACUGGAUAUCUGAGAACCAAGAAGCCCAGAACCAAGUUACAGUCUCAGCUAGCGAGAAGGGAUAUUACUUUCACACUGAAAACCCCUUCAAGGACUGGCCUGGAGCAUUUGAAGAAGGCUUAAAAAGGCUGAAGGAAGGGGACCUUCCAGUCACCAUUCUGUUCAUGGAGGCAGCGAUUCUUCAGGACCCUGGAGAUGCAGAGGCUUGGCAGUUCCUCGGGAUAACACAGGCAGAGAAUGAAAAUGAACAAGCAGCCAUUGUCGCCCUCCAGAGGUGCUUAGAACUGCAGCCCAACAAUUUGAAAGCUUUAAUGGCUUUGGCUGUGAGUUACACAAACACUGGUCAUCAGCAGGAUGCCUGUGAAUCUUUGAAGAAUUGGAUUAAGCAAAAUCCAAAGUACAAAUACCUUGUGAAGAGCAAGAAGGGAUCUCCAGGCCUCACUAGAAGGAUGUCUAAAUCCCCAGUUGACAGCUCUGUUCUGGAAGGAGUGAAGGAAUUAUAUCUGGAAGCUGCCCACCAAAAUGGAGACAUGAUCGACCCCGACCUCCAGACAGGCCUGGGGGUACUGUUCCACCUGAGUGGAGAGUUCAACAGAGCAAUAGACGCAUUUAACGCUGCCUUAACUGUUCGGCCAGAGGACUAUUCAUUAUGGAACCGUCUUGGGGCAACCUUGGCCAAUGGAGACCGCAGUGAAGAAGCCGUGGAGGCCUACACCCGAGCUCUGGAGAUUCAGCCAGGCUUUAUCCGGUCCAGAUACAACCUGGGAAUCAGCUGCAUCAACCUGGGCGCCUACAGAGAAGCGGUCAGCAAUUUUCUCACUGCCCUCAGUUUGCAAAGAAAGAGCAGGAAUCAACAGCAAGUUCCUCAUCCUGCCAUCUCUGGGAAUAUCUGGGCUGCCCUCAGAAUCGCACUGUCUCUGAUGGACCAACCAGAGCUCUUCCAGGCAGCUAAUCUCGGCGACCUGGAUGUCCUCCUAAGAGCUUUCAACUUGGAUCCUUGAAGGAAACAAACAAACAAACAAAAAUAAAGAAUAAUAAUCCCUCACCCGUGUUAUUGUACUGAGAAAUGAAAAACUAUUUUAUUAUGAAUUUCCGAAAGGAUAAAUCAGAUAUUCAAAAGGCCAUGGUCACAUAACCCAAGGGAAUUAACGCCUACAGACAAUGCCCAGCCUCUGUUCAGAUCCAAAAGCACAAAAUGUUGUAUAUAGAGUCAAGGUCAGGUUCCAAAGAAGAAUUGAGAGACUAAAGACAAACCAAGAUAAAGUAAACUACGUGUACUCUUCACAAGUUGCAAGUAUAUUGCAAAUCCUGUUUGGUGGGGUCCCCAGUUGCAGCUGCCAGCCCAUCUGAGGAAGAUGUUCACAGGACCCAUGAAGAAAGCACUGCCUCAGAUCAGGGAAUUCUGACUGUUCCUAAACUGUCCCCUGAAAUUCCCCCUUUUGCAAGACUGAACAUAGUUUGGGCCAUUGGUGCAUGCACAUAUAUUAACUCGACUAAAGACAGGCAUUGCUUAAACCUGUUCCAGUUUUAACUUUUACUGUAGCCCUGUUUCCAGAGAGGGAGCUUUGCUGGCAAAAGCAGUUUUUGCACUAGAAAUUUUUGCUGUUCCCAAUCAAAACUUUUCUGGGAUUGUAUAUAUGCACUUUAAUAUCUUAUGUAUGCCUUGCUGGAGUUUGGUUUCGUUGCUCCAAUUUUUAACUUUGGGGGGGGGAAAGAUUUGAGAACUCAGAGUUGUUAAGAUCAACGGACCAAAUAAAUAAUUCCUGGAAAAUAGUUUUUCAUAGUGUAGGGUUUCAAAGGAGUGUUUUUUCUUAAAGCAGACAUGACAUAGGGUUAAAUGUGCAAACACAGAUCUUAUUCACAUGCUUUCUGGGACUGUAUGAACUUGGAGACCAGAUUGUGUCUCUUCAUGCAUUCUCUGCAGGAGGAAAGCUAUCAAGUGAUGAUACCGUGAUUCCUAUUGAGUUUGCAUUAACUUGCUUAAGUGUCAUAUUUUACUAGCUUUCUAACUGCCCUGCAUAACAAAAUUCCUUUUAAACUAUUCCUAUUAAAUGGUAUUUCUUAAGAGUGAUAAUACAUUUUUCCCUAAAAAGGAUGCAUUUCCUUCGUUCUAUGGUGAUCUGCACUCUUCACCUUCUUGCACUGUAAUGGAAGAUCAACAUUUUUUAACUGAACCUCACUGAAUGUCAGCCGUUUCAUAUGAAAGAUGCAUGGCCCUUUGGCUCUUAUUUUAAACGUUUAGCAAGUUUCAGGAAUUUUCUAUUGGCAGUAGUGUUUUAUUUAAUUGGUUACCAUCCACUUAGUUCUUCAGAGUAUUUUGUGUGUAUUUGAGGCUUGAUAAUUAUUUUGAUAGAUACAUUUUUUAAAUAAUUAGGAAAAAACAUAUUUGCAAAAUGCUAACCAAAAUAUCACUUUACCCAGUGAAUUUUCCUAUUGUUCUUCACUUUGUCUCCUUCCUUCCUCCAGAAACUGUUUCAAGACAGUCUGAUCUCAAGUUUUUUUUCAUGGGUUUGUUUGGGUUGGUAGUAGCUCAUUCCACUCAUGACGAUA